CCGGAGCCGCGGGCACAGCGCCCUCGCGGGGGGCCCCGCCGCGGCCAUGGAGCGCCGCUGAUCGCCGCCGAUCGCCGCCGGGAGACAAUGGCCCUGCACAAACUCUGCUCCGUGCUCGAAGUGUUGCUGGUAACAAUCCUUGUAGUGGAAGGGAUUGCUGUUGCACAGAAGACACAAGCUGCUCCACGACAAAGGAUUGAGUUGACCUUUGAUGAACCUUAUUACAUAGAACCCUCAUUUGAGUGUCGGUUUGAUCAUCUGGAGGUUCGAGAUGGACCUUUCGGUUUCUCCCCUCUCAUCAAUCGUUACUGUGGUCUGAAAAGUCCUGCACUAAUUAGAUCAACAGGGAGAUUUAUGUGGAUCAAGUUUACGUCUGACGAGGAGCUGGAAGGAAAGGGAUUUCAAGCAAAGUACUCAUUUAUACCAGAUCCUGACUUCACUUACCUAGGAGGCAUUUUAAAUCCCAUCCCAGACUGCCAGUUUGAGCUCUCAGGAGCUGAUGGAAUAGUACGCUCCAGUCAAGUAGAACAAGAAGGGAAAACAAAGCCAGGACAAGCAGUUGACUGUAUAUGGACAAUUAAAGCUACUCCAAAUGCUAAGAUCUACAUGCGGUUUCUGGACUACCAGAUGGAGCAUUCCAAUGAAUGCAAGAGAAACUUCGUGGCUGUGUAUGACGGGAGCAGCUCCAUCGAAAACCUGAAGGCCAAGUUCUGCAGCACCGUGGCGAACGAUGUGAUGCUGCAGACGGGGACAGGGGUGGUGAGGAUGUGGGCAGAUGAAGGCAGCAGACUGAGCAGGUUCAGGAUGCUCUUCACUUCAUUUGUGGACCCUCCCUGCUCAGGCAACACUUACUUCUGCCAUAGCAACAUGUGCAUCAAUAAUUCUUUAGUCUGCAAUGGCAUCCAGAACUGUGCAUACCCUUGGGACGAGAAUCACUGCAGAGAAAAGAAAAGAACUGGAUUGUUUGAACAAAUCACCAAAACUCAUGGGACAAUCAUUGGCAUCACAUCAGGGAUAGUUUUAGUUCUUCUCAUCAUUUCAAUUCUAGUGCAAGUAAAGCAACCUCGCAAAAAGGUCAUGGCUUGCAAGACUGCCUUCAAUAAAACCGGUUUCCAGGAAGUAUUUGAUCCUCCUCAUUACGAACUCUUUUCACUAAGGGACAAAGAAAUUUCUGCGGAUUUGGCAGAUUUAUCGGAAGAACUCGAGAACUAUCAGAAAAUGCGACGCCCUUCAACAGCUUCCAGAUGCAUCCACGACCACCACUGUGGCUCCCAGGCCUCGAACAUAAAACAGAGCAGGACCAACCUCAGCUCCAUGGAACUGCCCUUCCGCAACGACUUCGCGCAGCCCCAGCCCAUGAAAACCUUCAACAGCACCUUCAAGAAAAGUACUUACACCUUCAAACAAGCUCAUGAGUGCCCUGAGCAGGGUAUAGAAGACAGGGUGAUGGAGGAGAUUCCGUGUGAAAUUUAUGUGAGAGGAAGGGAGGACACGGCACAAGGUUCAUUGUCUAUUGACUUCUGACUUCCUGGUGAAGGUGGGAUCGGUGUAUAUACGAGAUGCUUGUGUACAAUGACAGUGUACAUAUUAAAAGUGUAUCAUAUGCAGCGUGUGAGAUGCACACACUUUUAGCUUAUUAUACUUCAUUAAAAAAAAAAAAAACAACACCCAGUCUUCAUAACUAAUUCUUGCUGAAAAAUGGUGAAUUUCCUCCCAUCUUCCCAAGCUACCUAUCUAGUGGAGGAGUAAAACAGAGACUUUGCAUGGAAAUUUUAAGAGAGGAUAUUGGAAGAAAAAACCCUAGAAGUACUAAUCAUUGAACACUGAAAACAAUGGCUACUAUUCUCUUCUGGCUACCAUUUUUCUCUUCUUUAGAUGUCUGCUUUUGAAGACAAUUUUAAUACCUCACUUGCAUAAAUAAAAGUAGUUAAGUGCACCCCAUGUAUGUCAACAUAGGUGUCUUAUUGUGUUUGUCAAAUUGGAAGUAGAGUUAGUGUUAAGUGCCAGUUAAGACUCAAGAAUUAUGUUACUGCCAUCUGUUUCACUUGCCUCCCAUUUCUAUUGCCUUUAAUUAUCAGUUCCUCACUCUAUGCUUUGUAAGAAAUGAGUGGAAAGGGUUAUUGCCUUUUAAAAAUACUAAGUUAUAUUUUAGUACAUUUGGAAAUACAUAAUCUUUGCAGCUUUUGGUUAAAACACAAGCGAGUAGUCAUGUUAUUCUAGAUGCAGACUUUUACAACAGUUUUCUUUCAAGGUUUAGGAUUCUGAAAUAUUCUGCCAUGUAUUACAGCUCCAUAUGGCACAUUGAUUUCACAGCUCCGUACUUGGGAAACAAUUUUGUGCCUGCGUUUUCCAAGUAUUUACAUAAAUAGACUGUACUGUACAUUCGUCUCUUAAAAUAGCCUUUUACUCCUUGUUGCAGCCAAUCUUCCCUACUGAAAUCAGUGGUGAUACUUUUAGCUCAUGUCCUACUUGCCUGAAGAGAACUGCUCUGAGGUCUGUGUGAUUACCAGAUCUAUGAAGAUACUGGAAACAAAGAGAAUUCACAAAGCAACUCUUAUUAACCCUUAUGGAACCCUUCUUGUGCCCCUGGUUUCCACAUGCAAAAUUGCACAUUUCAUACCUUUUUUAAUGGUGGUUUGGACCUAAUUUUAAAAUUUUUACAAUAUAAAAAAUUUUUUAAAAUAUAUUCUCAUUGUGGUUUUUAAACUUUUUAUAUAGUGUGAUACUGUACAGACUAUUUAUUAUAUCACAAUCUAGCACCUGUACAGCAGGCUUGUGUCAGUGGCCCUCUUGGCAGCUCUGAGAACAAGCAGUCGCUGCUGUACACAUCACAAUUUACCAGUAGUCCUUACCAUGACUUCCACAUUAGCCUACAUUUUAUUUCCUGGUUGGUUUGAGCUUAUUCCAGUAUUUUUUGUACAUGAAACCUUUCACUAAAGCUGACCUUCCACCUUGCACUGGGCAUAGCCUUUAUUUACAGGUGUCAAAACAUAGUGUUUGUUGCACUCACUGUAGUACAAACAAACAAACAAACAAAUCAUAUUAAUGUAUGACUGUAGCAAUUGAAAAAUCUUUAAAAUAAAAGAUGAACAAUAGCUACAAUCACAGAGGUUCAUUAGAAUGACAAAGCAUUUUUGCAAUCUUUUUUACAAAUGCUUUGAAUGUAUGGCAUUUAAG